AGCGGGAAGGCGAGCGGAGCCGCCGAGUGCUGCCGGCCGCUGCCCAGCGCAGCCCCCCGGAGCAUGCGAGGGCAGCGGGGGGGCACCGACCUCGCUGCCCCCCCGGGCGGGCCGGCGGCGGGGCUGAGCGGCGGCCAGAGCCGGUGGCGGGGAGGGGGGAAGCGAGGCCGGCCGGCGUGAAGCGGGCUAAGGCGGGGGGCGAGGAGCAGCGCAUCCCGCCUGCCCUCCACCCCUCCACCCCGGCCGGGGGGACCGAGCCUUGCCCCGGGGUCGGGGGGAGAGCGAGGUGCUGAGCGAGCCUUGGAGGGGGCUGCGGGGAUCAUGCCGGGGGGGCUGCGCCUCGGCAUCGCUUUCUCCUCGCCCUCCAUGGAGCCCGGACUUUUUCUACAAUGACUUUCCCUGAUCUGAGCAAUGGCAGCUUGAGUGGGAACCAGACGGGACAGGGCAGCCAGAGCGGUGCCAACCGGUCCUGGGGGCUGCAAGGUGAGGACACCCUCGAGGGCAACGGCACCACGCUGACUUUCGCCUUGGACGUGCAGGCAGUGGGCGUCGGGGUCUUCCUGGCUGUCUUCAUCCUCUCGGCCAUCGUGGGGAACAUCCUCGUCAUCCUCUCGGUGGCUUGCAACCGGCACUUGCAGACGGUCACCAACUACUUCAUCGUCAACCUGGCCAUCGCCGACCUGCUGCUCAGCACCACCGUGCUGCCCUUCUCGGCCACCUUGGAAGUGCUGGGCUUCUGGGUGUUUGGGCGCAUCUUCUGCAACAUCUGGGCAGCGGUGGACGUGCUGUGCUGCUCUGCCUCCAUCAUGAGCCUGUGCAUCAUCUCUGUGGACAGGUAUAUCGGCGUCAAAUACUCCCUCAAGUACCCCACAAUCAUGACUGAGAGGAAGGCUGGGGUCAUCCUCGUGGUGGUCUGGCUCUCCUCCAUGGUAAUCUCCAUUGGGCCGCUACUGGGAUGGAAGGAGCCGCCACCACCGGAUGAGAGCAUCUGUAGCAUCACGGAGGAGCCGGGCUAUGCCCUGUUCUCCUCCCUCUUCUCCUUCUACCUGCCCCUCAUGGUCAUCCUGGUGAUGUACUUCAGGAUCUACGUGGUGGCCAGGCGGACCACCCGGAGCUUGGAGGCAGGGGUCAAGAAGGAGAGGAAUAAAUCCAUGGAGGUGGUACUGCGCAUCCACUGCCGCAGCGUGCUGGAGGAGCCUCUCUCCAGCACCCGGAGCAAGGGGCACAACUUCAGGAGCUCCCUCUCCGUGCGGCUCCUCAAGUUCUCCCGUGAGAAAAAAGCAGCCAAGACUCUCGCCAUUGUCGUGGGUGUUUUCAUCCUCUGCUGGUUCCCAUUCUUCUUUGUCCUGCCUUUUGGUUCUUUCUUCCCAUCUCUGAAGCCCUCUGAAAUUGUCUUCAAGGUCAUCUUCUGGCUGGGAUACUUCAACAGCUGCGUGAACCCCAUCAUCUACCCAUGCUCCAGCAAAGAGUUCAAGCGAGCUUUCAUCAGGCUGCUCAAGUGCCAGUGCCACCGGAGAAGACGGCCCAUCUGGCGCGUCUACGACCAUCAUUGGCGAGGGGCCUCCAUUAACAGCUCAGUGCAAGACCCUGAGACGGACCUGAGGCCCAGGAUUAACACCCUGAACAGCUCGUUCAUAUUUAACUCCUCCUUGCAGGAGACACCCAGUAAGAGGCGAACACUCAGCUUCAAGGGCUGGAAAAUGCUCACUCCUUUCCAGAAACCAGCAUCCACACAGCUGAAGGAGAAGAUGAACAGCCUUUCUAAUAAAAUCCGGGGUGGCUCCAGCAAAGGCGGGGUGACAGCCACCUACAAAACAGAGGUGGAGUCUGUCUCUAUUGGGAUCCCUCAUGACUUUGCAGAAACCAUCGACUAUCAAACCUAUGAUUUAGCAGACUGCUGUGGGCUGCGAGAAACAGAUAUUUGAAUCCACUGGGACAUCUGUCGAUGGUUUCUUUAGAGGUAUCUAGCAGAAACUUGAAGGGAUACCAUCUGUGGGUCUGUCAGGCAGACUGGAAGCAGCAAUCAGGUAUAAAAUGCAGUUGCCCAAAGGUUAUACAAGCAUCCCCCAUGCAGAGGUCAGCCUGUUCUUUGGGAUUAUGGGUUCCUCAAAAAAGAACCAAUGGCAUACCCCAUUUUUAUGAGCCACAGCAGGAGGGGAAGAUGUGCGGUGGAUAUGGCCUUAGAAGAAGGGCUGUUUCCUCCAAUGGAUGGUUAUCUUUUACUUUGGAAGAAGCUGUGCAAUUAAGAGAAACCAGGAUGCCUCCUUUGCCUUAAGAACACCACCACAAAAUCUAAUGGAAAGGUCAAACCCCAAAAGAUGCCAACCCUGCCUUAGUACAUGUGAUCAUGUUUCCAUCCAGAGGCAGCACCCAGAAAGGAUGCUGCUGAGCAGUAGGCGGCAGCUGAUCCUUUAGAUAAUGGGUUGGGAGCUUGUAAGUCUACAGGGCUGGGCAAGACCUCCAGCUGAGGCCUUUGCUUUGGAGGGUGAGCAGACUGUGGUAUUCCCAAGCAGGGAGGGAGGAUCCUGGCUCUCAGCCAUCAUGUCUGCAGUGACCUUGUAUGUAACCUGGUGUUAGGCCUGAGGAGCAGUCCAGAUGUAUACACUGAUGCCAAUGGGUGUGCAGGUCUCUUGUCUCUAAUUCCAACCUGUGAUGCAUUUCUCAUUUCACUUCUCAGUGAAACAUUUGCAACCCACCUUGCUCUGGUGCACAUCCCUCUGUGAUACAGAGAGAAAGCAACUCCUUUUGGUGUUGGUAAUCCCCAGCCUUUUCUGUCCCUUUCUCGCUCUUGUUGUUGUAUCUCUCAAACAACAUGGAAUAAAGAUGCAUCCUAGGGGCUUCACUCAGGUCCAUAGUCAACCUGGGCUGUGGCUCAGGAAAGGUGGGAUGGCUGAGUUUGGGGCCUGUUUCUACUACUCGGAGAGUCAACGCUAAAACAGAGCUGAUGUGCAGUUGGAGCUCCCUUGUGUAGACAGAUCUCCACCCGAGUCAGGAUCACGCCCAUGACUCUUCUCCCAAGUGGUUUCCCACAUACCUGAAACAUCAAAGCCUGUGGUGGCUAUCAACAAUUGCCUUUGGAUAUGUCCUCUAGCAUGGUCAAAAGCAAUGUCAAUAAGCAGGUUUUUUUCCCCUUCGCACAGCCCCAGCAUGUAAGCUCCCCUCAGGAGGGCACUGUGGCCUCCUCUGGGGACCGCAGGGAGGUGUGAGCCAUGACAGGCCCACCUCGGUCAGGCUGACACAAACCGUGCUUUGCAACUCAGAAAAAUGGUCACCCAAGCUCUGCUUGGCGAUGUACUGCAGGCACUGGUUUUAUCAAAUUUCAGAUAGGCAAUGAGCCACAAAUUGAUAUUAGAUUAAGCUGUGGGCAGAGGCAGAACACACGUAGGUGAUGGAGGCGAAGUCUGGAUCUGAGGUGCAGUGUCUCAAGCCAUGUGAGUAAAGAACAGGAACAUGAAAUUGAGGAGUGGAGACAUGACACUGAACACGUCCUGGAUGGAAACUCAUUCACAUCAGCACCAUCCCCCAAACCCAUUAGCAGUCUUUCAUGAACAUGCCUCCAUCCCAUCUAGCUAAUCCCUAGCUAGAUAGGGUGGAUAUCAAAGGAGAUUAAAGACUCAUAGGUGUAGCAAAGAGAAUGUCAUCUUUCUUUCUGCUGUUCAUUUGCUUGAAAGGAAAUUGAAACAGAGAAAAACUUGGACUUCCUUUAUUUUUUCUUUUUUUGUGCAGUGCAUACUGAGACAUGAUAUCUGGAGUUGGCCCUAUCUCAACACCCUUAGCACCCAUCUGCCCUUUAUUCAAUGAGAACUGGACAAAUUACUGCACAAAGACCUGCAGAUUUUGCCCAAAUAUUUUCCUCCCAUCUGCAAAUCCCACCAAAGCACAUGGGCACUGUUGCACUUAACACUGAACCCAGACUCAGUACUGCCUGCAUGUUCACCAGUGUCUGCAAAAUGAGCCAGAGGUUGCCAGCUCUAGAGGUUCAACCCUACCAAAGCAAGGUCCCAAUAACCCUUGGGAACAUCUGUAGGGAAACACAUCAUUUUUUUCCCCCAUUUCUUUUGGCCUUCAAGGAAAGUGAGACCCUACUGUCAUGAUGGGGUGACACAGGAAGUCAUUUUGCAAUGUAAGGACUGCAGCUGCCACUGGAUUCCUGGGCAGUUUUGGGAUCCUGAUAGGAGAGCACACUGCUGGCACUGGGGACGUAGCAGAGAAGGCAUCAGAGAGAGGGCAAUCACUGAAGAGCAGAAAUGCCUGGAAGGUCAAGGUGAAAGCAUUGCUCCUCCCACCUUCCACCCACCUCUUAAGAUGCAUGUGCACACAUGCCACUGUUAGUGGCACUGAGUAAAGGCACACAGACCUGCAUUUUUGGCCCCUGGUGACACGGCUUUGCAGGUCUAAUAGAAGCAAUUUGGUGGCACGGUUUAGGACAAGGUGAUACAGACAUCAUCAGAAGUGAAAGUCUAGUCAAGGGGUAAGAUGGACAUUUGCCAUUAAAUGUUCUCUGAUGCUCAGGAGCAGAUUUUUCUAAUGUCUCUCCAGACAUUCAUAGCACAUAGUAAUAGGUGCAUCCAUCACCUUACAGACAGACACACAUACACAUUUUGCUACAUUUAUAUAUAUAUAUAAAUGUCAUCUCCAAAAUGGCAGACAUUUUCCUAUAAAUGGAGACUUUGCCGGGGCUUUUAGCAAUUGCUGGCAAGCAGUUCAUUCCCACAAAUGAGUUGAAAGUAUUGGUUACACUUCUAGCUGACCUUUUAAAUAUACUUCUUUCUUUUUUUCCAAUUUUGAAAUAUUUACAUUUACAGUCUCCAGCCCCUUGAAAGCAUCUGGAAUGGAAAGAAAGAUUAGUCUGGAGGUUUACUGCCUCUCCAUCCCGAUUCUUUACAGACCUACAGGGAGCAAAUGAUGAUAAAGUCAGUUUAAUCACACAUCUGCAUAUACACAGAGAAAUGCCCAAACUCUGGCUCAUUUACCUACUGCAUUGGAUCAGUCCCCGAGAGAUACCUUAGAAGGUGUUGUAGGAAAGCCUUGAGCUCUUCUGUGCUGCAUUCAGGCAAAAUACUUGUUUCUCACCUAAGCCAGGGCCCCUGUUUCAUUUAGCACCUUGCAUCAGAAGAAGCAACGCCAGGACCGGACUCUGAGGCUGUUGGUGUAGAACUUCAUUUAGAGUAGACAGAGCUGCUUUUGCUGUCAGGGAAGGAAGGACAAUGUUGCAUGAAAUAUGACCUGAGUACCUAAAAUUGUGCAUUUCCCUCUGAUUCUCUUAACCUCCAAGCUCCCACAAGUUUGGAAAAACGGGCUCAGACCUUCAGGAGGUAGAUUUGGCCUGAUCCCACUGACUUCUCUGGACUCACAAGGAUGUGACCAGCUGAGGGUAUGGCCCCAUUUCUCCAAAUGUGCCGAGCAGGCCAUUUCCCAAAGCACCCGUACCUUGGUUUUGCAGCAGCUCUCACCUCAUUGCUGCUUCGACGAACCGAGCGUGCAGGAUGGCCAACAGCAGCUUUUAUGUCAGUAGACUCUCACGAGUCCUAUUUAAGGGGGAAAGAAGGUCUCUGUCAGUCUGAGCUGGACUGCAAUUGGGUUGCAUUACUAUUGUUUACAGUGUGUAUAUAAGUGUACAUUUUCUUUAGCAGACAUUGGAAAUUUUUAUGUAUAGAUUUUUAUUUUUCAUCCCCAGAUGUAUUUAUUAGCCAGAGUAUUUCUGUUUUGUGAUUCAAGUUCUGUCAGAUUGAUGUAAGCUCUAUGAAACAAAAUGCACAUAUUUUUGUUUGUUUGUACCAAAUACAUG